GUUAAAACAUUUUAUUUUUUAAAUUAGAAACUAAGAAAGUAAAAAGCAUUGUUAAUUUAGACAGAUUUAAAGUUUUGAGUCCUUUCGACUUUUAGUUUCUUUGGGUUUGUAUUUGCUCUAAACCAAUUUUUCAGCAGACGUUUUUAGCUUUCCGUCAGUUUAUUUUCGAUGCAAAUACUUAGAUAGAGAUUGAACCAUCGUUCUCGAGUUCGAGCAGCUGCUGGAGUUAUAUCUUGGUCCCUGAACCUUCGGAAUUUUAGUUAUAGACUUGCUGGACAGAUUUAUCAGAGAUGAAUUGGUCGUGAAUCUUCCAUUUUUUCGAAAGGAACUGGAGCGUUUUUCAUUCUUCUUUACCAUUUGGUAUGGCUUACCGAACUUUUCCUCAAAAGGGAAUCCUCAUCUGCCUGUGUGCUGUAUGCUCACUGAAGUAAGGAUGAAUUUUCGUCAGCAAGACUUUGGCACAUCGUUAGAGAGCUAUUCUAUCAGUCGUGAAAUUGGCAAGGGUGGGUUUAGCCAUGUAUACGAAGCUGUGGCUGCAGUUAGACACCCGAACGGAAUCUUCAAGAAGAAGGUUGCUGUCAAGUGUGUUGACCGGAGGUCCGCACAAAAGGAUAUCCUCACCCGCAUCGACAAUGAGCGUAACAUCCACAUGGAGCUCAAUCAUCCGUCGAUUGUCCAGAUGCUCCAGUACUUUGAUGACGGUAACUACUCGUACUUUGUUCUGGAGUACUGUGAGCAAGAUCUGGCACAUUUUCUGGAUAAACGGCCUACCGACGAAAACACGGCCAGGCAUAUAUUCCGGCAAGUUGUUAAGGGAUUGAUUUAUCUUCACGACAAAAACAUCAUACAUCGUGAUAUCAAACCCGGAAAUAUUCUGCUGACCGCAAAUCACGAUGCAAAGAUAUGUGAUUUUGGUUUGGCUACACGGUAUUCACGAUCGGCGCCGGAACACACGACACUGUGUGGCACACCUGCGUUUAUGGCACCGGAAGUGUUAUCCAACUCGCACACAAUUGAUUCGGAUAAGUGGAGCUUGGGCAUUCUCCUUUACACGAUGGUGGUGGGAUGUCCACCAAAGCCACCCAGCAGUGCUCGCGGAUAUCGUGCGCAAGAACUGUCGUUUUCCGCUGUCAGCGCUGCAGCGGCUGAUCUCAUUACUUCGUUGCUGCAGUACGACGCGGAAAAGAGAAUCUCGUUGGAAAAAGUCUUGUGUCAUCCGUGGUUGGAUGGCUCCAGUAGCCUCAGAAAUUUUACCUCGCCGAACCGUUCAGCAGACAGCGGACAUGGGUCUUUCAGUCGCCCAGCAGUUCGGCUUCGUCGUCGAAAUCUCGAUUGCCGUUAUCGCAUUCCAACCGGGUAUUAGGGCCGAUUGCUGAGAGCAGCACAUCCGAUUUUCAAGAGAAACCAUCAUCGCCAGAUAGCAAACAGCUAUCCAGAGAUGCCGGUGCGCGUAAUUCUGGAACCUCCAACCUGAUUCAGCUUAAUACUCAGUAUCUGAAGCCUCAGCGUGUAUUAUCGACUGAUAAAGUGGUGCGGAGCAUUUUGGAAAGCGGAGAGGUCGUUCUUGAACUGGUGGAAGAGGAGAAUUUUGCGAAAUUUGUGAAAAAAGUGUUCCGGAUAAGCGGAGAUGGGAAUAUUAUGUAUGUGUACAAACCGACCAAGCGCACACCUUUGAAAAUGGGCCCACCACAAUUGCCAAAGAAUCCGGAGACGGUUCUUUUCAGCAGUUUAUGCAAUCGAUAUGCAGCUGUCUAUCAAAUUGCCUACCAGUUUGUAGAUCUCGUUAAAUCCAAAACCGUUAAACAUUGGAUUGCCACUGACAAAGCUCGAAGCUGUUUAAUGCGGAACGAUCCUCAUCCCAACGUAGAAUCUGAAUUUUAUGACGGUGUUAAAAUUAUACACAGCGUUAAAUCCAUUACGGUGAAACCGUCCAGUGACCCACACACAACAAGCUCACCUUUUCAACAGAUGCGCCGCCCAGUGGCGAGUUCGAUUCCUACUGGAAACACCAUGUUUGGUGCAGACGGCGGCUUAUUUUCCAAAAUUCACAAGCUAUCGAUGGUGAUUCGAGGUUUUCCGAGAUAAAAGUUGUUGCAUUCGGAUAUGGAAAACUGAAAAGGCCGGAGUCAGAUGUGCACAAUUUGACAAGGCCUCCGGUGAAUGCUGGCACUACCGGCAAUGGUAAUAAUUCAUGUGAGGAAUCAUCCAGGAAUUUUCGGUCUCCGGUGCUUCCCCAGGAUUUGCGCUUCGGAUCCCAUAUUCUUAGCGAUCUUAAGCCGUCUUCCUUGCCAUCUCGACCGCCUUCGUCACCUGCAUUAGGCUACAGAGACAUGUCAGAUGAGAGUUUGAAAAAUGGAAAGAAGACUUUUCCUGACGGAAUGGUCGUAUCCGGGAUUAAUACAUCUGAAUUCUGUUUCAAAACGGCGGAUGGUCACACCGUUUAUUAUCCAGUGACAAAGAUUCCGGAGUAUUACAAGCCUUACAUCGAACAAAUCAACAGAAUGCUUCAGGAUAAAGUGAACUUCCUGUAAAGCCGCAGUUAGAUGACUGUAAUUCGCAUCGUGGUUUUACCUAUGUUAAGCCUGGAGAUCUCCGCUCUCAGUUUGGAACGCAGUAUUUUUUAAAGUGUCUUUUUUUGAUUCAUGUACACGGAUUAGAUGCUUCCUUGUAACCGCUGCUGCUUUUCUAUAAGCUUACUUUUCGUUAAGGUUCGACGAUUGGUUCGGUUUCUUGUAUUUAUCUAUUGUUACAGUUUUAUCAUAUAUUUGAGUUUCCGAUGGGAGCGAGGCGAACUCAGCAAAAACGCACAAAUGGACGUAACCUAAGACAAGCUGCUUGGUUCCGGUCUGCCAGUGAGUAGGAGUGUGCAUCUUUUUGUAACAGGAUUGCACUACUGUAAUUGCAUGUUUGUAGUGUACAAGUACUUGCCAGUAACUCUAAAGUCUCUAAUGACUUUGUUUCUGUUCCCUUUUUGUUUGUGUUGAAACAGGAAUCAAUGACUGUAAAGUUCAGGAG